UAAAGUCUCCUCUUAUUUUUCUUAAAGCACACAAACUACAGAGUUGUGCAGUGAGUCAACGUGUUAUUAAACAACAUAUCAUGUGACCCAGAUGUUGACCCGGAGAUAAUGGAGGAGUCAACUUGAUGGAGGUUUUGUGACUUUGUGGUGUUUUCCUCCUGCAGGCUGUCCUGUCGUCUCACUCCUCCCCUGUUUGAUCCACAUGGACUCGGCCAUCUCCCACCACAACAAGCUGCAGACUGCUCACACCUCUCAGGACAACGACCCCAAACACACAGCCAAAGUCAUUAGGAACUAUCUUCAGUGUAAAGAAGAACAAGAAGUACUGGAAGUGAUGGUACGGCCCCCACAGAGCUCUGAUCUUAACAUCAUCGAAUGUGUCUGGGAUUACAUGAAGAGACAGAAGGGGUUGAGGAAGCCUGUAUCCACAGAAAAUCUGUGGUUAGUUCUCCAAGAUCUUUGGAACAACCGACCAGCUGAGUUCCUUCAAAAUGCGACUUUAAGGACCCGCUGCCUUAAUCUUCUGGGCUUCCAGCAGUUUAUGGAAGACAGUGAAAUGACCUCUGACCUGAUGGACGAGGGAAAGGAGCUGAACCGCCAGGAAAGUCAUCUGCUGGGAGAAGAAACAACAGUGAAACGGGAAGUACAAAGAAGCUGCUCAUCACUGGAUAUUCUGCUUAAGAUUGAAGAUUGAACAUCUGCCUCCCAGCAGGUCAGUAAAACCGAGACAGCUCUUCAGAAUCGGCGACAACAUCUCCAGCACCAUCAGACUGAGAACAGGAGCUCCUCGAGGCUGUGUUCUCACCCCGCUGUUGUUCGCUGUCCUGACACUGCACUGCUCUACACAGCUCCAACCACAUCAUCAGGUUCGCUCAUCAGCAACGACGACGAGUCGGCGUACAGAGAUGAGUUUGAGCAGCUGGCGUUCUGGUGCAGCGAGACCACCAACACCACCUCCAUCACCAAAAUAGCCUAGCAGCGCCUCCACUUCCUGAGACGCCUGAAGCGGGCCAGCCUUCCUCUUCCCAUCCUCACCGUGUUCUACAGGAGCACCAUAGAGAGUGUUCUGACCAGCUGCAUCUCCGUGUGGUUCGGCAAUCUCAUCCAGCUACAACGGAUUGUUAAAGCAGCUGCCAAGAUCACUGGAACAUCUCUCUCCCUCACACGCACUCUUUUCUCUCCUCCCGUCUGGCCGACGCUAUCGCAGCAUUGGGGCCCAAUCCUCCAGGCUGCGAAGUAGCUUUUUCCCACAAGCCAUCAGACUCUUGAACUCACUACCGGCUCUCCCACUCCCCCCCACCACCCACACCCACACAAACCGUUACCUAACUCUAUUGCACUCCACAUACCACUGCCUUUGUAAUGCAGAUGCUGCUCUAUGGACAAUCCUUACACUCAAGAACUCUGCUCAUGUUUACAAGCUGCUACGCUGGUCACUUUAAAUCACUUCAAGGUCACUUUAAAUCAUUCAAAUUGUAAAUUGUUAUUAAUACAUUUACC